CUGGAACACAGAGCCCGGUUCGAGGGAGAGCAGGAACACAGAGCCCGGGUCGAGGGACAGCAGGAACGCAGUGCCCGUGUCGAGGGACAGCCGGAACGCAGAGCCCGGGUCGAGGGACAGCAGGAACGCAGAGCCCAGUUCGAGGGAGAGCAGGAACACAGAGCCCGGGUCGAGGGUCAGCAGGAACGCAGAGCCCGGGUCUAAGGAGAGACAGGAACGCAGAGCCCGGGUCGAGGGAGAGACAGGAACACAGAGUCCGGGUCGAGGGAGAGACAGGAACACAGAGCCCGGGUCUAAGGAGAGACAGGAAUGCAGAGCCCGGAUCGAGGGACAUCAGGAACGCAGAGCCUGGUUCGAGGGAUAGCUGGAACACAGAGCCCGGGUCGAGGGACAGCAGGAACGCAGAGCCCGGGUCGAUUGAGAACAGGAACGCAGAGCCCGGGUCGAGGGAGAGACAGGAACCAAGAGCCCAGGUCGAAGGAGAGAGAGGAACUCAUAGCCCAGGUCGAGGGAGAGACAGUAACGCAGAGCCCGGGUCGAGGGAGAGACAGGAACAGAGAGCCCGGGUCGAGGGAGAGCAGGAACGCAGAGCCCGGGUCGAGGGACAGCAGGAACGCAGAGCCUGGGUCGAGGGAGAGACAGGAACGCAGGGUCCGUGUCGAGGGAGAGACAGGAACGCAGAGCCCGGGUCGAGGGAGAGACAGGAACGCAGAGCCCGGGUCGAAGGAGAGACAGGUACGCACAGCCAGGGUCGGCCGAGAGCAGGAACGCAGAGCCCGGGUUGAGCGAGAGACAGGAACGCAGAGCCUGGGUCGAGGGACAGUAGGAACGCAGAGCCCGGGUCGAGGGAGAGACAGGAAUGCAGAGCCCAGGUCGAGGGACAGCAGGAACGCAGAGCCCAGGUCGAGGCACAGCAGGAACGCAGAGCCCGGGUAGAGGGAGAGCAGGAACGCAGAGCCCAGGUCGCGGGAGAGACAGGAACGCAGAGCCCGGGUCGAGGGAGAGCCGGAACGCAGAGCCCGGGUCGAGGGACAGCAGGAACGCAGAGCCCGGGUCGAGGGAGAGAGAGGAACGCAGAGCCCGGGUCGAGGGAGAGACAGGAACGCAGAGCCCGGGUCGAGGGAGAGCAGGAACGCUGAGCCCGGGCAAGGGAGAGACAGGAACCCAGAGUCCAGGUCGAGGGAGAGACAGGAACGCAGAUCCCGGGUCGAGGGAGAGACAGGAACGCAGAGCCCGGGUCGAGGGAGAGACUGGAACGCAGAGCCCGGGUCGAGGGAGAGACAGGAACGCAGAGCCCGGGUCGAGGGAGAGACAGGAACGCAGAGCCCAUGUCGAGGGAGAGACAGGAACGCAGAGCCCGGGUCGAAGGAGAGAGGAACGCAGAGCCCGGGUCGAGGGUGAGACAGGAACGCAGAGCCCGGGUCGAGGGAGAGACAGGAACGCAGAGCCCGGUUCGUGGGAGAGACAGGUACGCAGAGCCCGGGUCGAGGGAGGGACAGGAACGCAGAUCCCGGGUCGAGGGAGAGACAGGAACGCAGAGCCCGGGUCGAGGGAGAGACUGGAACGCAGAGCCUGGGUCGAGGGAGAGACAGGAACGCAUAGCCCGGGUCGAGGGAGAGACAGGAACGCAGAGCCGAUGUCGAGGGAGAGACAGGAACGCAGAGCCCGGGUCGAAGGAGAGAGGAACGCAGAGCCCGGGUCGAGGGAGAGACAGGAACGCAGAGCCCGGGUCGGCCGAGAGCAGGAACGCAGAGCCCGGGUCGAGGGACAGCAUUAACGUAGAGCCCGGGUCGAGGGAGAGACAGGAACGCAGAGCCCGGGUAGAGGGAGAGACAGGAACGCAGAGCCCGGGUAGAGAGAGCGACAGGAACGCAGAGCCCGGGUCGAGGGAGAGCAGGAACGCAGAGCCCAGGUUGAGGGAGAGACAGGAACGCAGAGACCGGGUCGAGGGACAGCAGGAACUCAGAGCCCAGGUCGAGGGAGGGACAGGAACGCACAGCCCGGGUCGAGGGAGAGACAGGAACGCACAGCCCGGGUCGGCCGAGAGCAGGAAAGCAGAGCCCGGGUCGAG